AUGUCUUCUAACAACACCAACACUUCUAACACCAAAAGAUUUGAGGCAAUGAUGAGAAGGACAAGCGAGAGAUUGAGAGGAGGCUCAGUCCCCCCUCUAGAUUCUGAGCAAACAGUCAACCCGCCAUCGUACACCGACCAAAACACGUCGACCAACGGGGUGAACAGUCAAAGGGGAAGAGGCCGUCGGAACGCCAGGGGAUCAUCUAGACCUUCAAACCAAAAUGGAUCUUCAAACGACGCGACUCCAGCAGUCACUCUCACGGCACCUCGUAGAGAAGGAACCACGAAUACCGGGGGCACUCCGUCAUCGGCUUUGGGAGUGGGACAAGAAGGAGGUUUAGCAGAAACCAACCAAGGAGAACGUGGAAACGUAGAAAAUAAUGAGUCCUCAAGUACCUCCAUCAUCCACCCUCCAGGUUCGAACCCUGCGAGUUUAAUAGCCAUGGAUAACGUUAGCAUUAAUGCAAAUGGACGCAAAGACUGCCACGAACACGUGUUGCCACAUGAAAGUGAUGCCUCUCCAAAAUCCCCUCCGUGCAGAAGCACAGUUUGCUCUGUCGGAACCAGCCCACCUAGAGGCUUUCAUUCGUGGUUAAUGACCAAUGGAUAUUCAGUUGUCAAGCAUUCGGACCCUGCUACUGCGAAAGGUCUUACAGCUGCCUUGGGACAGCCUACCGGAAACUCUGCGACUCCUACCCCCAAACGCACUCUCUGUUUCGAUUUGACCAAAGACAAGGACGACGUUGUUGUACCGUCUUCUAAGGAACCUGAUACGGCAAAGGCGGCUGCCAAAUCCAAACCGGAAGUCAGCAAGAAAGGUAUAGAAAGGACCGGUGUGGUGAGCAAGAUCUCUACUUAA